GGAAAGUUUAACACACUUGUCUGUAGGAGUAGCAGAAAUGUGUGGAAAAACAGAAGACAUUGCAUAUAUACACAGAAGAUGCAUACUAACGCCCUCUACCAUAUAAUAAAGAAAACACGGAUUCUAGGAGUAAAGUUCAAACAUAUUUAGAAUUUUUGUAAGUACAAGUCAAGUAUUCUUAAAUGUCAUUUAAAGUAAAUUUCUGAGGAGUACAUAAAUCCCAUUUCUGAUAAGUACAUAAAAAGUUAACUAAAAGCAUAACUUCCUAUUUUUAGUUAAAAGAAGUAUAGUAAUAGCACACUUGAAUAAACGUAUUUUUCCAAAGGGAUAUUUAAAUCAAUUUACAAAAAUGUAAUAAAUUAUUUUUUAUGUCUCAUAACCUUACCUAUACAACUCUGUGAAGACUAAAUUAUUUAUGGAGAACACACAAAGAAUCGACAACAGAGAUUUUCCUUCAGGAUGCAGUAUGUUGCAUGGAGAGAGAUCAAACCCAUCAGAGUCCAGCUGUGUGUCCAUGAAGAGUGACCAGUCUAUGGGCAAGCCAAUAAAAUUUAAAGGAAGACAAACAUCGACUGAUCUAAGAGGGAGAUCAAACCCUCCAGAGGCCAGCUGUGUGUCCAUGAAGAGCAACCAGUCUAUGGGCAAGCCAAUAAAAUUUAAGGAAAGACAAACAUCAACUGAUCUGAGUCAAAGAGAUAGAUCAAACCCAUCGGAGCCCAGCUGUGUGUCCAUGAAGAGUGACCAGUCUAUGGGCAAGCCAAUAAAAUUUAAGGGAGGACACACAACAACUAAUCUGAGAGAGAGAUCCAACCCACCAGAGGCCAGCUGUUUGUCCAUGAAGAGUGACCAGUCUAUGGGCAAGCCAAUAAAAUUUGAAGGAAGACACACAUCAACUGAUACGAGUCUGUUGCACAGAGACAGAUCAAACAAAUCAGAGACAGACUGUUUGUCCAUGAAGAGCGACCAGUCUAUGGGCAAGCCAAUAAAAUUUAAGGGAAGACAAGCAUCAACUGAUCUGAGACUGUUGUAUAGAGAUAGAUCAAACCCACCAGAGUCCAGCUGUGAUUCGAUGAAGAGCAUCCUGUCUAUGGACAAGCCAGUAAAAUGUAAGGGAAGACACACAUCAACUAAUCUGAGCACAUUCAAAUCAAAUCUAAUGAAGAAGUUUCAGUGUCUGCAUGAAGGAACAGAAAAACAGGGAAACCCAACCUUCCUGAAUGAGAUCUACACAGAGCUCUACAUCACUGAGAGUAAAAGUGGCGAGAUCAAUAAACAACAUGAGGUGAGACAGAUUGAGACACAAUCCAGGAGAGCAGAAACAGAGGACACACCAAUCAAAUGCAAUGACAUCUUUAGACCUUUACCUGAACAAGAAAAACCCAUCAGAAUUGUGCUGACAAAGGGAGUCGCUGGCAUUGGAAAAACAGUCUCUGUGCAGAAGUUUAUUGUGGACUGGAGUGAAGGGAAAGCAAAUCAAGACAUCCAGCUCAUAUUUCCACUUCCUUUCAGAGAGCUCAACUUGAUGAAAGACACAAAACUCAGUCUUUUAGAUCUACUUAAGUAUUUUUUUCCUGAAACAAAUGAAAUGAAAAUAUCCAGUGAUGCAAAUAAAGUUUUCUUCAUCUUUGAUGGUCUGGAUGAGUGUCGUCUGUCUCUGGAUUUUCAGAGCAAUGUGAGGUUGUGUGAUUUAAGUAAAUCUGAAACAGUGGAUGUGCUACUGACGAACCUCAUUGAGGGAAAUCUGCUGCCCUCUGCUCUUAUCUGGAUCACCUCCAGACCAGCAGCAGCUGAUCUCAUCCCCUCUGAGUUUGUCCAUCGAGUGACAGAGGUACGAGGCUUCAGUGACCCAAAGAAGGAGGAAUACUUCAGAAAGAGAAUCAGUGAUCAGAGUCUGGCCAACAAAAUCAUAUCACACCUGAAGUCAUCAAGGAGCCUCCACAUCAUGUGUCACAUCCCAGUGUUCUGCUGGAUUUCAGCCACUGUUCUAGAGGGAAUGUUGGUGGAAUCAUGGAAAGGAGAGAUCCCUAAAACUGUUACUCAAAUGUACACACACUUCCUGAUCCUUCAGACAAACAUUAAACAUGAGAAGGACUAUGAGAAGAAAGUGAAAGACGAAGACAUGAUCCUCAAACUGGGAAAACUGGCUUUUCAGCAGCUUGUGAAAGGCAACUUAAUCUUCUAUGAUGAAGACCUGAACGAGUGUGGCAUUGAUGUGACUGAAGCAUCUGUAUACUCAGGAUUGUGCACACAGAUCUUCAAAGAGGAAUUCGGCUUGUAUCAGGGGAAGGUCUUCUGCUUCGUCCAUCUGAGCAUUCAGGAACAUCUAGCAGCUCUGUAUGUGCACCUCUCCUUUACAGACUACAUAAAUGUGUUCGACCAAGCCACCGAACAAAAUGUUUUCUCUAAGGUCUUAAAUUGGAUGAAAAAUAAUUCAUUAUCUGGCCUACAUCAGACAGCUGUGGAUGAGGCUUUACAGAGUAAGAAUGGACAUCUGGACCUUUUCCUGCGUUUUCUUCUGGGUCUUUCACUGGAGUCUAAUCAGACUCUCUUACAAGAACUAAUAACACAGACAGGAAGCUGCUCCUACGAUAAAAAGGAAACAGCUGAAUACAUCAAACAGAAGAUCAGGGAGAAUCCCUCUCCAGAGAGAUGCAUUAAUCUGUUCCACUGUCUGAAUGAACUGGGUGAUGAUUCACUAAUGCAGGAGAUCCAGGAUUAUCUGAGAACUGGAAAAAUAAAUCAAAUAAAACUAUCUUCACAGUGGUCAGCUCUGGUUUUUGUGUUGCUGACAUCAGAGCAGAAGAUGGAAAAGUUUGAUCUAAAAAAAUUUAUGGGAGCUCAAAAUACAGCAGAUGAAGUUGUUCAGAAACUGCUGCCUGUGAUUAAAGAAUCCAGAUCAGCUCAAUUGUGUAAGUGUGGUGUCACAGAUAAAGGUUGUGAUAGUCUGGCUACAGCUCUAAGCUCAAACCCCUCACACCUGAGAGACCUGAAUUUAUCUGGAAAUAAGAUACAAGAUGCAGGAGUGAAACUGAUCUCAGAUGGACUGAUGGAUCCUCACUGUAACCUGGAAUCACUGCAGUUGAGUGAUUGUGGUGUGACAGAUGAAGGUUGUGCUGCUCUGGCUUCAGCUCUAAGAUCAAACCCCUCACACCUGAGGUAUUUGGACCUAACUGGAAAUAAACUAAAAGAUCUAGGAAUUAAUCUGAUCUCUUCUGUACUGGAUGAUCCUCAUAUUAAAAUGAAAACACUGCGGUUGAGUGAUUGUGGUGUCACAGAUAAAGGUUGUGCCGUUCUGGCUUCAGCUCUGAGAUCACACCCUUCACAACUGAGAUACCUGAAUUUGUCUCGAAAUAAACUAGGACCAUCAGGAGUGAAAUUGCUCUCUAAUGGACUGGAGGACCCUCAGUGUAAUCUGGAGAUACUCUGGUUGAUUAAUUGUGGCAUCACAUAUAAAGUUUGUGCUGCUCUGGCUUCAGCUUUGAGAUCAAACCUCUCACACCUAAGACAUCUCAAUUUGUCUGAAAAUAAACUACAAGACAAAGGAGUGGAUCUGCUAUGUGAUGGACUGAGGGAUCCUCACUGUAAACUCGAAACACUGUGGCUGAUGGAUUGUAGUGUUACAGAUAAAGGUUGUGCUGUUCUGGCUUCAGCUCUGAGAUCAAACCCCUCUCACCUACAAAAACUGGAUCUGACUAGAAACUUUCUUGGAAAGUCACAAAUGAAGUUGCUCUCUGCUCUGAAGGAUGAUACGGAUUAUGAACUGAAGACACUUCUGUUUUAGACGUUAGUGUUACUUUCUCUGGAUCAUCACAUCACAUUUAAUAAAGACAACUCCAUAGUGAUCAUAACACACAGAUGUUAAACGGGUCAGAUGUGUAAAACAAGGAAACAGUUUCUUCUUUUCUCUACAUUUACAUUUCAUAUUAUAAAAUUAUCUUCUGUUUAAUCCAUAAUCCAAUAAAUUUCAGAUCAACAACAAAAAAAGAAAAUUAAAAUUAAAUCUGUGUAUGUUAGAAAUCUAAAUAUGAUGGUUUACUUUAUUGGCCUAUUGGACAUUGAUGCAUUAAUAUAUGAUAUAUAUGAUAUUUUCACUUAAUAAUGCAAUGUGUUGCCUCCUUUGUCACAUUACAUUUGUUGCUCUUAGGGAUUCAAAUGAGAAGUCCUAUUUACCUUUCUAGUUUAUACUUGUAUUUUCUUCUAUUGAUAGAAGUGUUGCAAUUAAUUCAUUUUAAAUGUAUUAGCUUAUAUUUAUAUUUAAAACUUUAUAGCUUUUUAUGUUUGAAUAAUACAAUUUGCUGUGCUACCCCUUGUCCUUUGCCGUGCUGUUAA